AUGUGUCGCCAGUACUUUAUGGUCUAUGAAUGGUGCCGAUGUGAAGAAGAUGCCGGCCAACAGCUCUGUUCCUCGCGCAACAAUGAGAACAAUUACUGUCCCGAAACGUCCAUUCAGUUGGUCCACAUGCACUGUUUCUGCUACGGACACGCAACCCACGGCUUUAAGUCGGAACGCAAGUUGCGCAAGCAGGAGCGCAAACAGGAUCGCAAACGCUUCUCAAUGCUGAGCUUUACAGACAAGAGCGACAGGAGCGACAGGAGCGAGCCCAGCGCCUCCAGCGAGACCAGCGAGCAAAGCUUGCCGACUCCACGGAAGAAGCGAUGGUCCUUGUUCGCUAGCUUACGGUCGCGGACCUUUUAA